AUGGGACGUGUGCGAACAAAGACCGUGAAAAAGGCUGCCCGGGUUAUCAUUGAAAAGUACUACACCCAGCUAGGGAAUGACUUCCACACGAACAAACGGGUGUGUGAAGAGAUUGCCAUCAUCCCUAGCAAGAAAUUGCGCAACAAGAUAGCUGGGUAUGUCACCCAUCUGAUGAAGUGUAUUCAGAGGGGGCCUGUCAGAGGUAUCUCCAUCAAACUUCAGGAAGAGGAGAGAGAGAGAAGGGAUAACUAUGUCCCUGAGGUCUCUGCCCUUGACCAGGAGAUCACUGAAGUUGACCCAGAUACUAAGGAAAUGCUGAAGCUGCUGGGCUUUGGCAGUCUGUCCAACCUGCAGGUCACGCAGCCCACUGUGGGAAUGAACUUCAAAACCCCAAGAGGAGCUAUCUGAAUCCAUUGCUGCGCUGUCACUUUUCCAAUAAACAUGGAAAACCAA